CACUUUAAAUUAGAUCCGGUCACGGCGCUUUUCGAAAAUGUAAAUGAAAAAAUAAAUAAAAUUGAUAGGUUAUAAUUUUUUUUUACAUUUUCUUUGUAGAAUGUUUUGGUGUUUUGUGUUUAUUAUUUUAUUGUUUCACUCUUUUCUUAGCGAUGCGCUGCGAGAGAAACAUUACCUCCACUUCAAGUUUACAGCAUUUUCUAAAUCAAACACAUUCCCAGAGUUCAGUGCUGAGGCUGUUGCUGACGGCAGACGGAUCGUUCACUACAAUAAUAAAGAUAAAUUCCAGGUAAGAGAGAGUCUGACUGAAGAUGACUCUGAAUCUCUUGCUCUACCACCUGAGUCUAGAGACUGGUUCCUACAUCAGAUGAAGACUCUGUCAAACUGUGCAGACUCACAGUGUUCUGAGCUCCAUGUUCUCCAGAGAAUAACUGGUUGUGAGCUGGAGAAAUGUCCUGAUGGAUCAGUGAAUCUGACGGUCUUUGAUGAAUAUGGAUUUGAUGGAGAAGAUUUUAUUGCCUUUAAUUCUGACAUACUGCAGUGGAUUGAUAAAAACCCCAAAGCUAAAGAAACCAAAAUCAAAUGGGAUCAGCAAACAGAACGCAAUGAACUCCUGCAGCAUCACCUCAAGAAAUGCAUAAACUGGAUCUCCACAUUUAACAACACGAAAAAGACUCCACCAGAUGUUCAUGUGUUUGCGAGAAAAUUUCCUGAUGAUCACAGUAAGCUGGUUCUGAGCUGUCUGGCCACUGGUUUCUACCCCAGAGAUAUUGAGAUGAACAUCAGAUUGUACAGAAUCAUAGUUAAGGACCAAACAUCAUCUGAAAUCAGACCAAAUGGUGACGGAUCCUUUCAGAUGAGAUCCAGUGUGGAGAUCGACACAAACCACAAAGAGUUGUAUGACUGUUCUGUCAUUCACAGCAGUUUGACAGAACCAACUGUAGUAGAAUGGGAGAAACAUUACCUGCACUUCAAGUUCACAGCCCUUUCUAAAGAAAACACACUCCCAGAGUUCAGUGCUGAGGCUGUUGCUGACGGCAGACGGAUCGUUCACUACAAUAAUAAAGAUAAAUCCUGGGUAAGAGAGAGUCUGACUGAAGAUGACUGGACCAAAUCUCCUGCUCUACCACCUGUGUCUAGAGACUGGUUCCUACAUCAGAUGAAAACUCUGUCAAACUGCACAGACUCACAGUGUUCUGAGCUGCAUGUUCUCCAGAGAAAAUCUGGUUGUGAACUGAAGAAAUUUAAUGGAACAGUGACAAGUCUGAGAGCAUUUGAUGAAUAUGGAUUUGAUGGAGAGGAUUUUAUAGUCUUUAAUUCUGACACACUGCAGUGGAUUGAUAAAAACCCCAAAGCCAAAGAAACCAAAAUUAAAUGGGAUCAGCAAACAGAACGCAAUGAACACCUGCAGCAUCACCUCAAGACCUGCAUGGACUGGAUCUCCAUAUUUAAUAACACGAAAAAGACUCCACCAGAUGUUCAUGUGUUUGUGAGGAAAGCUCCUGAUGAUCAAAAUAAGCUGGUUCUGAGCUGUCUGGCCACUGGUUUCUACCCCAGAGAUAUCGAGAUGAACAUCAGAUUGUACAGAAUUAUAGUUAAGAACCAAACAUCUUCUGGAAUCAGACCAAAUGGUGACGGAUCCUUUCAGAUGAGAUCCAGUGUGGAGAUCAACACAAACCACAAAGAGUUUUAUGACUGUUUUGUCAUCCACAGCAGUCUGACAGAACCAAUUUUAAUAGAAUGGGAUGGAAAUGGUGGUGACUGUGAAAAAGAAUCUCAGUGGGCUUUAAAAGCAGUAUUAAUAAUAUUUUCAAUUCUAGUUCUCAUUGUGAUUUGUUACUGCAUCUACCGAAGGAAAAGGUCAAACGGUCCGACGAGCGGUUAUGGUGAUCAGGUUGGAAGGGAGAUGAGAACCGAGCAUCAUCCUUCAAACAAAGGUCAGAUGAGCAGUUAUGACGAUGACAACGGAGUGAAGAUGACACUUCAGUCUGACAGAGGACAGACGUCCAGUCCUGGAAGCGAAAGAAGAGAAUGGUGGAAUAAGAACAGAUCAUCUCCACACACAGACAUCUCCGUAUCACAGCCUGGACAGAGAUGCGAACAGCUUGUGUUUUGCAGGUCCUGAUUAGAAAUUAUGUUUGGCACAUUUUAAUGUAACAGUAUUGUUUUCUGUGGUCAUUUCAGGGAAGCGAAAAUGGUGAAAUAGCAACUGACAAAUUACUGUGAGGCGUUAGAGGGUUUAAAAUGCUUCUGGCCAAACUGAGUACUGUAAAAUUACACAUUGAGGUUUAUGUGAAGUAUUUCGCAUUGACAUCAUUAAUGAACCAUUUUUACAUUUCACUUUUGUAUUUUCAUUUGCUCCAGCAGCAAAAGUAAUAAUGACUUUCCUAAUUAAAACAAACAAACAAAUAAGGAGAAACUGAUUACAGCAUUCAGAAGAGAAAGAUUUCAUAUUGACAUCAUUUUCUCAGCCGUUGCAUUAGAUAAGCUCAUAAAAGUGUGUAUAUUAUGGUGUACAUUGGAUUUUUAAAAAUGUUUAUUUAAAAAACGUGAAGUUUAUUGGUGUUUUGAUGUUUACAAUGUUACUGACCAUGAAAAACAAAUCAUCACAGUUUCUGAAAAGGACUUAUGAAAACAACAAUUGCACUGAAUUUUGUGUUGCUGCUGAUAAGUGUGCUGUUUCACCAAUAAACGUUUAUUAUUGAA